CUUGCGGCACUUCCGGCGUGUCCCGGCGAUGUGGCGAUGGCGGCUCCCGGGGCCGCUCCGGGCCGGGGGAGGUCCCGGCGGCGUCGCGGUUCCCCGGGCGGGGCUCAAGAAGUUGGCGCUGCCCCCGGAUUACAGCGGGAUCACCAUCCCGGAGAAGCCGAAGCUGAAGUUCAUGGACAAGGUGCCGGCGGUGCCCAAAGUCCGGCGGGAGCCCCGGCGGCUCCGUGACAUCCGUGGCCCGUCCCAGGAGGCCACCGACUUCACCCAGGGGCAGUACGGGAUCCUGGCUUUGGGCGGGGGGUACCUGCACUGGGGCCACUUCGAGAUGAUCCGCCUGACCAUCGGCCGCAGCAUCGAUCCCAAAUCCAUGUUUGCCGUGUGGCGCGUGCCCGCCCCCUACAAGUCGGUGACGCGGAAAAGCCUGGGACACCGGAUGGGGGGCGGGAAGGGCCCCAUCGACCACUACGUGACGGCGGUGAAGAGCGGGAGGCUGGUGCUGGAGGUGGGCGGGCGCUGCGAAUUCGGGGAGGUCCGGCCCUUCCUCGCCCGCGUGGCGCAGAAACUGCCCUUCCCGGCCGUCCCCGUCAGCCGGGAGAGCCUCCAGGAGAUGCGGCGGGAAGAGGAGGAGAAAAGGCUGAACAACCAAAAUCCCUGGACUUUCGAGCGUGUGGUGACCUCCAACAUGUUGGGGAUGAGGAAGUACCUGAGCCCCUACGACCUGCAGCUCAAGGGACGCUACUGGGGCAAGUUUUUCCUGAAGCACAGAGUGUGAGGAGCGUCUGGAUUGGAUUCCUUUUGGAAUUAAACUUUUCACAAGAGCCUGGA